UUCCACCAUAUGCAGAUGUUUUACUUCACCACACUAAUGUCUAGCUUUGAAUAAAGGAACAAAACACGCAAGCCAUUCCUUCUGGCUUCUUUUUCGUUGACCUGCCCGAUUUCUACGUGUCAUCUGACAACGAGCUGUUAAUGUUGCUAAGCACCCGAUCACAUCCGGUCUCCUCUGACGCGAAAUAACAAGAACUCUCCUACAAGAGAGCAUUGAUAGAGCCCAUAAUCAUUCUAACGAAGUCGCCAUCACUGGUGACUUUAAUAUAAAUCUAUUAUACGAACAUUCUAACAAAAUAUCAAGACUUAUGACAUCAUAUAGCUCUUGACAACUAAUUUCUGAGCCAAGCCAUUUUACUUAAAACUCCCAAUUUCUAAGCGACCUUGUAUUUGUAAACAAUCCGCAACAUGUCAUAUCAAGUUUCACCGCAGAUCCUUUUAUACCUGAUCUCACAUGAUUCCAUUGUUCAUUGUAGUUUUUAAAUUUCAGAAACCUAAAAUUAACCUUAACCCUCAUUUGAAAAAAAGAUACUGCAUGGAAAUACAUGUACGACCAAGCCGACUUUGAUAGUUAUCGAGAAGAACUUGAUCAAAUCGGCUGGGAUACGCUAUUAAAUACCGAUGACUUAGAUUCUGUAAAAAGACUACUUAAUGUUGCCUCUGAAACAAUUCCUUCUAAAAUUGUCACUAUUCGUCCUGCAGAUAUACCAUGGUUUCAUUCCGGAAUUCGAAAACUAAUCAGACAAAAAAAUCCCAGACUUUUCAGGAAGACAAAGUUGGACAAAAGCGAAUCAACCUGGAAAAAGUUCAAACAAAACUAAGAAAAGCCAAAAUCCACUUUAAAAAUACAAAAAUUGACAAAAUUAAUCAAGAAAAUAUCUAUACUAAAAUAUGGUUUAAACUUUCUAAGAAAAUUACCAAUAAAUUCAAGUCAACCGACUUACCUGUAUUGUCUUACAAUGGUAGGACAGCGAUACAUAGAAAUUACUGUUUCGACCACAGCUACACAAUGGAGAGUCAAUUAAUGAACGCCGAUGGAGAUCAAAGUUUAGUAAACUACAACCAAGUCUUGGGCGCGUAAGAAGCAUCUGGAACCUACGCUGACUAAAAUUCGGCUUUAGAUUGCUUCUUGAAUUUGAAAACAUUUUUGAAAGAAUGGAUGGUUAGGCCUACACAUGACAACCUUCUGUUCGGCAACGAGCAUCUGGCUUUCGAACAAAAUAAGCAUGUCAUAUACAAAGCUGAACAAUUCAUAGCUGAGACAGGUCGUUUUGAUCCUAGUCACAACGGUUGAGGGAUGGGGUCCCCGAGUAGCUAAAUAUAUUUUUUACAUUAUUUUCUUCACUUUUUUCUUUGUCGUAUUAUUUGCAUCUGUCUACAUAAGGCAGUUUAAGAAAGCUCUACUCAGAUUUAUUUUUUCCCCUCUCAUUUUUUCUUAUUUUUUUCUCACUUUGUUUUUCUAGAUUUAUCUAUAUUGUUUUGAUAAUUUAACAGUGUUGUUCUUGUUGCAACCUGUCAUAACAAUAAAAUCUAUUUGCAUAUACACAAAAUGCUUAAGUACGGAAUCCGGUUAGUGCGGAAAGUCAGUGGUUCUAUCCAGGUGCCCACUCGUGACGAAAUAAUGCACGGAGGGGCAUCUGAGGUCUUCCUCCACCAUCAAAGCUGGAAAGUCGCCAUAUGACCUAUAAUUGUGUCGGUGCGACGUUAAACCCAACAAAAUAAAUAAAUAAAUACUACGAAAUUGCCUAUAGAUCUGAUGUGACCGAUAGAAAAAAAAUCUGUUUACAUAGUUGUUCCCCUUACUAGCUAUACCGCCAUGUUUGUUUACACACCAUGAAAAUCAAUUGCGAAAUGUUGAAAGGUAUAAAAUUCAGAAUCUAUUAGGACUGUACAUACAAAGACUGACAGUUUGCCAUGGGUUCUACGCAAAGCAAAGGUCAAACGAAACGAGCACCUGUUCAAGCGCGUGCUCUUCAACCGAGAAUCAAUCUUCCAGAGUUACCUCCCUAUCAAGGAUAUCCGAUUCAGUAUCACCACAUCAUAAUCAACGCAACGCUUGAUGUACAAGCACACUUCAGUUUUAUGGCGCCAAACAUGUCAAUUCAAGCCACCAACGUGGAGCAGUACUAUCCACAGCUAGCUGCUAUGUACGACCAGGGCUAUAAAAUGUUGGUGUUUGUUUCACUACCUGGUUCUACCAAAAACUACGGACUUGCGUCCCUUGGCCAGAGCCAGAUGACUAUUAAAUUUCAAGGAAUAUUUCGGAAAUUGUUACCAGAAGAAAUGGGACAGCAGUGGGAGCUAAGGGUUGAGAAAUCGACCUUAAUCAACCAGAUGUUUAUGCAGUGGUCGGGUAACCUGUUCCUGAACUCUGGGAGUCACACUGGAAGCAUGACUGAUAAUAACCAUAUAUUUCAAACUCUGAACAAUAUCUCACAGAAUGGUGGUAGAUUAAUCAGCGUUGAGCUAACUGGAAUGGCGGGACAGCAGAUGGAGAUGCAAAGACAGAUGAUGCAGGGACAUGCACAGAGGCAGCUCUGGUCAACUGGGACAAUGCCAAUGAUGCAGGUAGCUGUUGACGUAUUUUACGAGAUUCCGCGCCAGCCAUCCAGUGAGAGAUAUGUUUAUCAAGUUGUCAGUUGUCCUAUGCAGUCCACUUUCCAAUACAGCUUUCCUCACGGUCAGUUUCAUUCUGUAAUAAACUGGGAGGCAAUAUUGACCCAGUAUCUGGGAACUGGCUGGAAACUGGUUGAAAUAUUUGAAGACUACUCUGUCUCCUCCAUGACACAGAUGAGCGGCUUCUCCUCUAAUAUCACGCAAAACAAGAAUUGUCUGUGGAUCUUUGAAAAGCCAGCAUCACGGUUAAACGAUAACACGCCGUACUACGAGGGAACAAUGGUCGAACAUUGGUUCAAGACGAAAACUGAGCUACAUGGGAUGGGUUUCGGCGGGGCUUCGGUAAACGUGACGACAGACUGGGAACCAGUGAUCGAACAUUUUGGGAAAAUAGGUUGGCAGGUAGUGAGAAUAUUGGAAACACCGGAUAGCAGAAUUGAGGGAGCAUUCAACCCGACUAUACACACCAGGCAGAUGAUUUUCUUUCAGCGUUUAAUUGCAGGCAAGUCGGAUGUUGCUGGAGCGAGUUCAUCGCAACCGCAACCCCAACCGGAAGCUACUGGGGAUCCAGCGCCUCCACCGUCGUAUAAUGAAUUAUACGCUGAAAAAUAAACCACAGUUAAAAUUAAUCAUAUACUGAUAAGUUUUAGUAAAGGAGGGUGUACACGCAAUUUUCGUACUUACAACAUGUUUUCAAAAAUAUGUCAUUUUAACUGUUAUUAAGAAAUUCGCCGAUGAAGGUUUGCUUUUUUCGGCAAUUGUUUGUUAAUGUUAUUGUUUUGCAUUGAACAUGUAUAUAUCACUAUCUAGAGGUGAACUAUUGUUUUUAGCUCACCUGUCACGUAGAGACAAGGUGAGCUUUUGUGAUCGUCCGUCGUCCGUCCACAAUUUCUUGUGAACACGAUAGAGACCAAAUUUUGCAAUCAGUUUGAAUCAAACUUGCGCACACAACUUGUAUUGGCAUAAUAUCUCGGUUCCUUUCGAAAACUGGCCAGAUCCCAUCGUAGGUUCCAGAGUUGUAGCUCCGUAAAGAGCCAAAAUUUGCUAUUUUGGCUUUUGCAGCAAUAUAGAGACCUCAUUUAUGGUUUAAUUUGGAACAAACUUGCAAAAUAUCUUUAACAACAAUAGAUUUAGGAUUCCAUGAUGAAUCCAUCAGAUCCAAUUGUAGGUUCCAGAGUUACGGCCCCUGAUUGACCCCUGAAGGAGCUAAAAUUUGUUAAUUUUUACCCUAUGAACACAAAAGAAGUGACAUUUUACAUUCAAUUUUAACAAGACUUGUACACAACUUAAGUCACAAUAAGAUCUCAGUUUCUUUUGAAAACCGGCUAGAUUUCUUCAUGGGUUCUAGAGUUACUGCCCCUGAAAGGGGCAUAAUUUUCUAUUUUUGUCCCAUUCAGCGAUAUAGAGGUUUCAUUUAUGCUUUGAUUUGAUACAAACUUGCACAGGAUGUUUAUCUUGAUGAUCUCUAGGCCAAGUUCGAAACCGGGUCAUGCGGGGUCAGAAACUAGGUCACCAGGUCAAAUCAAAGGAAAAGCUUGUUAACACCCUAGAGGCCACAUUUAUGACCCUAUCUACAUGAAACUUGGUUUAACUUGAUGAUUCCUAUUCCAAGUUUAAGACUGAGUCAUGUGGGUUCAAAAACUAGGUUUCUCGGUCAAAUCGAAGGAAAAGCUUGUUAACACUCUUGGGGCAACAUUUAUGACCCGAUCUUCAUGAAAUUUGGCAGAAUGUUUAUCUUGAUUAUUCCUAGGCCAAGAUUGAAACUGGGUCAUGUAGGGUUAAAAACUAGGUCACCAGCUCAAAUCUAAGGAAAAGCUUGUUAACACACUAGAGGCCAUAUUUAUGACCCUAUCUUCAUGAAACUUAGUCAGAAUGUUAAUCUUGAUAAUUCCUAGGCCAGAUUCGAAACUAGGUCAUGUGGGAUCAAAAACUAGGUCACCACCCAAAUCAAAGGAAAAGCUUGUUAACACUGUAGAGGCCAUAUUUAUGACCCUAUCUCCAUGAAAUUUGGUCAGAAUGUUUAUCUUGAUGAUUCCUAGGCCAAGUUUGAAACUGGGUCAUGUAGGAUCAAAAACUAGGUCACCAGCUCAAAUCAAAGGAAAAGCUUGUUAACACACUAGAGGCCAUAUUUAUGACCCUGUCUUCAUGAAACUUAGUCAGAAUGUUUAUCUUGAUGAUCCUAGGCCAGAUUCGAAACUAGGUCAUGUGGGAUAAAAAACUAGGUCACCACUCAAAUCAAAGGAAAAGCUUGUUAAUACUGUAGAGGCCAUAUUUAGUUUAAACAUAUUUUUAUUCCGAAUAUAUAAUUACAACACAACAUUUCAGGAAUUGGACAGAAAGCUAUAUUAGCUUACAGUUGUCCUCUUCUUAAAAGAGGCCAUAUUCAUGACCCUGUCUUCAUGAAACUUGGUUAGAAUGUUUAUCUUGAUGGUUCCAAGGCCAAGUUUAAUAGAUGAGCGUUGUAGGGUCAUCAUAAGCCUCUUGUUUUGUUUAUCCUGUAUCCUAGACAUACAAGAUCAACUUGAGAUUAAGAAUUGUCGAUAGUUUUUGUUUUAUCAAGUUUCGUGCUGUUAUAUAUGGAAAUCACUUUUCACUGCAGCUCAUCUCAGUGUUUUAAUGUUUGAGAUUUCAGAAAUUGAACUUGAAAGGGUUUUUGGCAGAAAGAUUAAUAAACAAGUAUCUAGGAAUGUAACGACGCAUGCCAAACAUCACCAUCUUUUCGGUUAAGUUAUUCAUCAUUAUUGUAUAUUUUAUCUUUGAACACAUAUGUAUUUAUCAUAGUUACCAUCUGAUUAGUGUAAAGACGUUCACUUGAACAGGGCCUGUGUCGCCGCCGGCUCCGAAUCACGUACCUCUCACCGCUGUAUGUUCGACACAUCACUUUUAAUGAAGAAUUCUUUCAAUUGAGGAAACCAUUGAGCUGGUUUACGGAAGGUCGGUGGUUAUACCUAUGUGCCCGCUCGUGCCUGGGAUCUUCUUCAGUCAGCAAAAACUGGAAGGUCGUUAUAUGACAUAAUUAAGGGGCUGUCGUGGCCGAGUAGUUAAGAUCGUUGACUUCCAAGCUUACCACUCACCGAUAUGGGUUCGAGCCCCGCUCGGGGCGUUUAAUUCCUCAUAAGCGGAAACCGUCCAGCUGCCUUACGAAAGGUUGAUGGUUCGCCCGUGAUUAAAUAAUGCACGGAGGGGCAACUUGGGUCUCCCAGAACCAUUAAAAGCUGGAAAGUCGCCUCAUGACUUAUAAUUGUGUCGGUGUGACGUUAAACCCCACAAAAACAAACUAAUAAUUAUGUCGAUAUGUCGUUAAUUAAAACCCUACAAAACUUACGUAUACUGAUGUAGAUAUAAUCAUUCUACCGACUUCCAAAUAAUUUAUUCGAGCUGCUUGCUACACCUACAUCAUAUUUAGGCUUGGACAUUCUGAACUUAUGGCUUGAUUGUGUUAAAACUGUAAUGUUCUAUAUUUUGUCCCACUACCUCAACCUGUCUCACACCUGGUCUUCCAAGGAACAUUUCAUCUUUUCCUUCUUAGCAUUCAUACCGUUGUAAUUCUGUAAGUGUCUCCAAGAUUAAUGCUGUAGCACCAUUUUUUGUCUUGAAACAAGAAGUUGGACACUUAAACGUUGCAUGGCGUAGGUUCCAUCUGUUAAUAAACAAAUGUAGGGAGUCAUUUAAUGCUGACACUACUAGUUUUUUUCCUAUUUUCCAGAUAAAAAGUUUCUACCUCCAUAUUAUAUACAUGAACAUGUGCGUAAUAAAGCUUUGACGUUGUCGUCGUUUUAGGUAUAGGAGACGUUGGUCGAAUUUAUUUUGUCUAUAGGUAAAGAAAGAAGAAAUUUCGAUGUUUCAGCAGGAAUAGCUUACAUGUUAUACAAAGAAUAUUUCAUUUGUGCCUUUCCACAUUGAACUUAUUAAACUCGUUUUAUAAACUUGAUAACAUGCAGAGCCUCGCAUUUUAUUAAACUCGUUUAAUAAAUUCAAUAUGAAAAUACACUUAUGUAUUAUCCUCUAUUUAUAUGAUAUAAUUGAAACUGUUUUUAAUUUAGAUUGAAUAUGAAUAGCUUCCUGUCGGAAAGGUCAAAACAGGUUAAUAGCUUUAGUGAAAGUGAAAAUCAAAAUGUUAUUUAUUAUACUUGAAUACUACACAUCUUACUUAUUGGACCUGAAACAUAUUUAUUCAUGCGGUAAUCUGUAAGAUGUAUUUUACAUCCAUCAUCGUUUCAUGUUUUGAACUUUAAAGACGGGUCGUGCAGUUAAGCCUGCAGCUAAUGUAGAUCUAUAUUGUAUGCAAAUACAGUAAAACUCGGAUAUAGCGAACUAAGAUAUAGCAAAAACUGAUAGGAAGAACAAUUUUAAUUCCCCGAUUUUUUGCCUUUUUUAUCUCAUAUAAAAGUCUUUGGAUACAGCGAACUCAGUUAUAGCGAAAACUUGAUUACAAGGGAUACGAUUAAAGUAAGUAGUUAUGAGCAAUUUCAUAUAUGUGAUUCUGAUCAUUUGUGUUACUUUUUUUCUGUUCCAUAUAUCAUAAUAAUCUAAUUUUGGCUUGCUUUUAGCAACAAUAAGACUCGGAUAUUUUAUUUCAGAAAUGAAAAAUGACAACAAAAUGUGUACCCAGUACAGAAAGAAAAUAUUUCCUUUGUAUUUUACAGUGUAGAAUUAUCCAAUGCUCCAGAAACAGACGUUUUAGGCUAAAUUUUCUUUAUAACAGUCUGGUUAAAAAGGUUAAGGAAAAAUUUCCAAUGUUCUGACGAGUUCACUAUAUCCGAGUUUUACUGUAUUCGGUUCGUGAGCACUGUUUUAAAUCUAGCGGUGUCAGUUAUAUAUUUUGGUUUUAAUGCUUGUAAAUAAUAUGACUGGUUUUAUUUAUACAGGUAAUAUCACUUCAUUAUGUCUUCAGAAUAGCAAAUUCCUUUUCGUAAAUUUAUGUAUGUUAACGUUAUAUGUUUGUGUUUACAAAUUAAGUUAUAUAUUUUAUUAAAAAUUUGUUGUAACUUCA